AUGCUUUUCAAGUCUGUUGUCGUCUCCACCCUGGCCGCCGCUGCUCUGGCCCAGAAGAACACCACCGACGGUGUCACCGGCAAGCUCGGCGAUGCUGCCAUCAUCAACGACAACCCCGUUGGCGAAGUCUACGAGGUCGUUUUUGACAAGGAGGGAACCGUUAAGGGAAAGAUCACCUUCACUGCUGCUAAGAACGGAACCGGUGUUGAUGUCUCGGUCGACCUUGAGGGUAAGUUCGACGGCGUCGAGGGUCCCUACCCUUACCACAUCCACGCCCUGCCCGUUCCCGCCAACGGCUCCUGCGCCGCCACUUUGGCUCACCUUGACCCCUACCAGCGAGGUCAGAAGCCUGAGUGUGACGCCUCCAAGCCAGAGACUUGUGAGGUUGGUGACCUUUCCGGCAAGCACGGCAAGAUCCCCUCAGCCAACGGUUCCACCACCCACUUCCACACUGAGUACACCGAGCUCUACGCUUCCACUAAGGACGGCAUUGGUGCUUUCCUCGGCAACGUCUCCGUCGUUAUCCAUGCCCCCAACACUUCCCGACUUGCUUGCGCUAACAUUGAGCUCAAGAAGGGCUCCGCAGUUGCUGGUGGAAACUCCACCUCCAACCACACCGCUUCUGGCAAGCCUUCUGGAACUGCUGCUGCCAACGCCAACGGUGCUGGUAUCUCUGGUGUUUCUCAGAUUGUUGUCGGUGGUGCCGCCAUUUUCGCCGCCGCUGCUCUUCUCUAA